AUGGCGACAGUGGAUGAGGAGAAGGCUAAGGGUACUUGUGCUGACCUCAUAGUGCGAAACGAGCCAAUUCCUGCUUUCCGAGGGAAUGUUUUAUGUGCAGACACGCGAUGCUGUGACGGACCCCGGCCAGGUGCGAAGGUGCCCGACCUCCGCAAAAAAAGAGACUGGCCCGGUGGUCCCUGGGCUCUGCACCCAGCUGCUCACCUGCAGGAACAGACCAUGCCCAGGCCCUGCCGAGGCUCCCGUGGCAGCAGGUUAGACCGCAAGGAGGAAUGCUUUACAGAGAGAUCAGUGCUUGCCCAGGCAACAUUUGUUUUUGAAAAGAAGGACCGCUCUUUGAAGCGGCCUGCAGAAGACCCAGUUUGCAAAGCUGAAAAUGAUUUCAUUAGUUGUUCCAGAAAACGUGCAAGAUCAUCAUCUUUGACUUUCCAGAAGUCUGACUCUCAGUCUAAUACUGAUACAGCUCUCACACAGAAAAGAGAGAGAUCAUCUUCAUUUAACAUCCUUCCUACUUUCCCUCCCUCCCAGACAGUGAAUAAGAAUAACAUAUUCAUAACCUCAGCUCUUCUUCAAAGAAAUCCUGACAUCAUCAAAAGUACAAGAGAAGGAUCCUUGUCACCAAGUCAGUUGUGGAAUGUCAUUAGACCUGCCACUUUACAGCCCCCACAAGCCCUGACCUGUCCUGUAGUAUCUCUAGUGACUAAGAAAGAAGCAUGUGUUCAGCUAUCUGAAGACAGCUCUUAUUCAUCCGCUGAGAAUUCACUAAACUCCAAAACAGCAGUGGGGUCAUCUAUUACCUUGAGUCUUUCCAGCUCUCAAAAAACACAAAGUCAGUUGCUCAAAGAAAGAAGUGUAAAAAACAGCAACAAUUCUGAUUUUGUGUUUGGGGAAAACAUGGUUGAAAGAGUUUUGGUGGGAUCUGCACAUACUGGCAGACUUUUUAUCAAGAGUCCUGAGAGGAAUCCCAAGCUGUGUAAUGAAGCUGAUUUACACAAAGGUGAAAUAAUACCCAUGUCCACAGGAUCUUCUCACGUCGGGCCACAAACAAAAAGAGCUUUGUUGAGGAAUGCAACACUAAUUGAAUCAGCAGCUGCUUGUAUUUCCAAGCCAGUGGAGAAAAUCCUGUUAGAUAAAGUUGAAGUUAUAACUGGAGAAGAAGCAGAACACAAUGUAUUGCAGAUUAACUGCAAGCUCUUUGUAUUUAAUAAGCUUUCUUUAACGUGGACUGAAAGAGGCAGAGGAUCCCUGAGACUUAAUGACACUUCCAGCAAUAAUCAUGGAAUGUUGAAGUCAAGGCUAAUUAUGCGAAAUCAAGGUAGCUUGAGACUGAUUCUCAACACCCAACUCUGGGAACAAAUGAUUAUAAAAAGAGCAAACAGAAACAGCCUGUGCUUCACUGCAACAGAUCAAGAGGACCAUUCUGUUCAAGUAUUUCUAGCUCAGGCAAGCUCAAAAGACACUGAACACCUGUAUGCGGCAAUACAUCACCGCCUUGUGGCCUUGCGAAGCUUUGCUGAGCAAGAGCCAGAUGCUCAUCACGUAGACACAGAGUCAGAAACAGCUUUUCAGCCAUUAAACUGUGAUACUGAUGAUGAAGAUGAUGAAGAACUAACUCAAGAGAGCAGCACUGGAUCAGAAGCUGUUGGAAAAAAUGCAAAGAUUCUGGAAUCUAGGACUAGAUCAUUCUAGAUGGAACCGCAGGCGGUCUGUUGUCUGCUCAUGAUAUCUCCCAGAGGUUACAACAUCUCAGUUAGGAACUCAUCUUCCCAAAGUGUCUAAGAUGACUCAUCAGCCCCUGGAGGGAGGAAGUCAGAUGCAUAUUAUUUUAUGACUUUUAAGUAAAGAUUAAUUUUAGAGACAGCCUAAGUUCAAUUCAUUGAACAAGAACUUCAGAUGCACUAUUGAGGAUUCCAGGCAGCCUGCUUUGCACUGAGCUGUGAGUAACACCAUGGCAUCCAAUAGUCAAGAACUGUUACAAAGACUUUCAAUUUUAGAAUUAAAUAUAUUUAGAUACAUUAUUAGAGUAAGGAAUUUUAUAGGGAAUAAGUACUUGUUCAUCAUAUUGAUGUAUAAUAUUACAUGAGCAUGAACUAAUAAUAGUAAUAUAUGUGAACAGAUAUUUGUUACUUUUAAUCUGUUAUUUAAAAGAUACAUUUGGAAGGCUUUAAAUUGGGCUUCACUGAAAACAUUUAUUUGAAAUUGUGUGGUAGCAUUCAGUAUCCUGUUUGUAAGUACAUAGAAGCAAAACCUGGGGUUGCAAGAUCAAGUUUAGCAUGACCAAGGCCUAUAGAAACCAGCCUUUACACAAGGGGUUUUAUUUAAUGUUUAUUUUGAAAAUAUCUGGAAUGGUAUACUGGCUGCAGAAUUUUGUUUAAGGGAAAGAACCAUGAUCUCCACAUGUCAGCUUUACACACCAUGAAGAAUUCACCUGAAGAAAAAGCCUGUUCUAAGGGCCAUAUGAGCUUUAAAACUUAAAAGUGUAUCUGCUUGCUCAUGAACACCUUUCUAGCUGAAUAAAACAAGUACCCGCACUUGAGUGUAUUAAUUGUCUAUUUGAUAUACGCAAAUAAAGGCACACACAAUACAAAGGGAUAUCUACAUUAAAAAAAACUCCCUUAAAUGUGUGAGAUUAUCUGAGGUUACUUCUGGCUUAGCUGUAGCUAUUCCUAACAGCAUCAUUCAUAUGAGUACAUGACACAUUCUCAUGCAUACAAUCAUCCCAACAGUGGACGAGACACAGUUCUCUCUAAAAGUCGUUCCACAAACUACUGCCUUCCACCUAAACAUUUUUGUGAGGAAAAAACUCCGAUUCUCUCUAAUCAAGAGAAUCAAGUGAAUCAAGACUUGCAGGGUCAUUCAUAAGCCCAUGCACAGUAAAACACAACCACUUACGUUCCAUGUUAUCAUUCUGCCAAAGAUGGAAUUGGUCUGCAAUCUCUCCACUGACUGAUGUCUUGCAUCAGAGCUGAAACAAUGUUCUGAAAUAUCUCAAGUCCUUUUAAUUAAGGUAAUUGUAAUGAAUUCUCAGUCUACAAAGCUGCAAGUCAAGUUACAAUUUAGUUUUCCCAUCUGAACAUGUGUAUGAAGUUAUGAAGGAACAAUAUUUGUUUCUUUCUGAAUUCUCAGUGCAUUGCCAAGAUUAGCAUCCAGAUGUAGUUGAAAUAGUUAUCUGGAUUACACUGAAUCCUAAAUGGCCCACCAAAAUUAACACUUCUCUGACACUGAUCUGGAUGACAGUAAGUCUAAGUGCAACUUGAUUUUUGCCUUCAGGAAAGAGGGAGUGCUUCUCAUUAGAGCACCUUUGUCAAACAGUGAAGCAUGGGGAUUCUCCUUGACUUCAGUCUGCCAAUAACAAAAAUAUUGUUUCCAUGAGUUGUACAUUGUGUCCUUUGUUAUCAGCCUCACUCCUGACCCACAGCAAUACUUACAUCACUGACCUUCCUAUUUCAUUGCCGCAACUCAUCCUCAGGGACAAAGCUCCGUGUUAUAAAAACUCAGGCAGUUGUAAAACACAUCAGUGCUAUGUAUUUAGCAACAGGUCAUGGUGAUAAGUUUGCCCUGGAGUUCAGCUGGCUAUGCACUGAAUGCAGAGUUUGAUUUCAAAGUCUGUCCUGAUAAUCAAAGCUUUCUGUGAAACAGAAUUUAAGUAUCUGAGUGUCAUAAUACCCUUCUAAAUUUUACUACAGUUGUAAAAUCCUUGGCAAAUGAAGGAGGUUUCCAGGGCAGGAACAACAGAACUUUUUCAGACACAGGACUUACACUUUGUAAUUUGCUCCCACAGCGUGCAGAUCAAGGUCUAUAAAUAAAGGCUCUUUUGAUCUGCCUCUUCCUGAGAUCCUUACGUGUAUACACGAGUAGACACAUAAACACACACUCAUGUGCACACACACUUAAACACAAAGCUUCAUGUCCUAAAAGCUGAGGAGGAAAAGAGAUGUUUAUUUUAAAGACAUUGGAUACUUUGGUAAAAAAAGAAAAAUUUUUGCUCUUAAGAACCUAAUUUUGUCAUCUCUUUAGUCUCACUGCACUAAAAUUCACUGUUCCUUAAGCCUAAAGAUGCACCAUUAUGUGAUGUAUUAAUUUGGUUUUAAAAAUGUAGUUUGUCACUUUAUGACACCUG